CAGGACCAAAUGAGCUUCCUCCACCAGCAGCGACAGCAGCUGCAGAUGUUGCCUGCAGUAUGGCCUAUCCAGAAUACAGGACCAAGAAAAUCUGGUUACCUGAAUGGCCCACACAAUACGUUAACGUUAGAUGCUGAAGCACACAUGGCUCAGCAGGCCCGCAAUAAGAUUCAAGCUCGUUUGAAAUUGGCAAAGUUAUUUCAGCAAUACAGGGCUCAGCCAAUCUCCAAUAAAUAUGGCAUCACUGUAAACUCAGACCCUGUGUCAACAGAAGAGAGGAUCUGCCUCACUGUGUUCGAAAAGAAGAAAGUUGUGCUGCUCACCGUGAAGAACUCUGGUUUCGCCACAGUUUUUUUGACUUUUCAGGCGUUUGACCUCGUUAAGGACAUUUUCACUGUGAGCGACUGUCAUGGACACAUCAUGAAGUCUAUCAAGCGACACAGUCUUGGACCAGGAGAGGCGUAUAAAAUUAAGGUCCAUUUCUACUCUCACCAUGCUGGCUUCUAUGAACAAUUACUGGUCUUUAAGUUUGAAACAUGCCGGCAGUCCGAUACAUUUGAGAUCAUGCGCCUCUUGGAAAUAGUGCGUCAGACAUCUUUUAAUGAAGAGGUCCUCCCCACAGCCGCAAACUCAUUGUGCGACCACCAAACUCUGAGGUGGCCCCCUGCUAAAGGUUCUGGAUUCAUGCUUCUUAAGCCUAUUGUGUCUUUGAAGUAUUAUACGAUGCCUGACAAUAUAAAACUCUUCAGAGAUUCCCACCCGGACCUGCAUAGACCUCUGAACUGGAAUAACUACUCCCAGAGGUUCCACUUGUUGCUGCAUCUUGAGGAGUUCCAGCAGAAGACCGAUAUUGAGAAAUACAACCAGGAUGAUGUGCCCUUGUUCAGACACAAAAGCAACACAAACCUUUUCGUUCUGCAGAUUACAGGUGUCUCUAAGGGCUCGCUAUUGAAGCUCUCUGGUAACCAGGUGCUGGUGACUCCUUUAGAUCAGAAAGGAGUUAAGAGUGAAAUUCACCAAGGCUGGAUCUAUCAUGUGGAUGCAGAGCAGGUCUACCUGCAGUUCAGUGAAAAGUUCAUGAGUGAUUUCAAGGACGGCACGAGGUUCAGGGUUCUCUUCGCUAUCAACCGUAUUCCCAUGCGUAUCCAGCAUAGAGCAGUGGCACGGGUGUACAAGCACGGACUGAGGGAGGUGCUGUUCCCUACUGGAAAACUUUCUUCUCACCAUUUACAUAUACACAGCUUGUUAGGAAUCGAGAUCAACCCGGAGCAACACAUGGCCAUUCAACACAUUUUAGCUGGUUCUGCAAAACCUUCCCCUUACCUGGUAUUUGGUCCACCUGGCACAGGCAAAACAGCGACUUUGGUGGAAGCUAUCAACCAGAUAGUGAAAACUCAGGCGUCAUGCAACAUCCUGGCUUGCGCUCCUUCCAACAGUGCAACUGAUCAUCUUUGUGAGAAGAUUCUGGAAGGAAAUUUAGGCAAUCAGCUAGAGGUGUAUCGCUUGUAUUCCCUAAGCACUCCUGUGAAAAAUGUUCCCCAAAAUAGCAAGUUGUGCUGCAACCUGAUCUAUGGCACAAACACAUUUAUGAUUCCUCCUAAAGAGGAGCUGAUGAGGUAUAAGAUCUUGGUUACCACCCUGCAAACUGCGGGAAGGCUAGUGACAGGGGGGAUUCCUCCAGGUCAUUUCACUUAUAUCUUUGUGGAUGAGGCAGGCCAGGCUGCAGAACCAGAGUGUAUCAUCCCUAUAGCAGGUUUACUGAAUCCACAAAGAUGCCAGAUAGUGCUGGCUGGAGAUCCUAAACAAUUAGGCCCCAUCAUAACUUCCAGAAUAGCACAGGAACAUGGCAUGGGUGUGUCACUGUUGGAGCGUCUGAUGGGGGACAUUGACCUUUACAAGUCACAUGAGACAUACGGGUUUAACAACCGCUUUGUCACCAAAUUACUGAGGAACUACAGGUCUCAUCCUGCGAUCCUGAAAAUUCCCAAUGAGCUCUUUUAUAAAGGAGAACUUCAGCCUUUCGCUCGUAAAGAGAAAUGCAAUUCAUUCUGCAAAUGGGAACACCUGCCCAAGAAAGGUUUCCCUUUGAUUUUCCAUGGAGUGGCAGGUAGUGAUGAACGUGAUGCCAACAGUCCCUCUGUUUACAACAUGGCAGAGGUGGAAGUGUUGAAAGAAUACUUGAAAGCCCUUGUUGACCAUAUUUGUAAAAAGAGAGGGACCAAAAUUCAACCAAGAGAAAUUGGCAUCAUUGCGCCGUACAGAAAACAAGUGGAGAAAAUCCAGAAGGCUCUUGAGAUGGAUAAAGAUCUCGAGAAGGAGAACUUGGAAAACAUAUUGGUUGGCUCAGUGGAGCAGUUUCAGGGUAAAGAAUUCAAUGUGAUUCUGAUGUCUACAGUCCGCAGCACUCCCAAACUGACUGCGCACAAGCAACGAUUCACUAUAGGCUUUCUUGAUAAUGAGAAGAGGUUCAACGUGGCAUUGACCCGAGCACGAGCCUUACUGAUUGUGGUUGGAGACCCGAGAGUUUUGAAAACCGACCAAAUCUGGAACAAAUUCAUUCAUUACUGCUAUAAAGAAGGGGGUUAUCGAGGAAUUACAGUCUCUGAUGCAGAGGAAGAAGAUGCACCGACAAACGCACACUUAUCACACCACUGUGGAGAGUGAUUCAGCAACAGCUGGACCCGUGUUGAAGGACAGACUUCGCACACGAGCUCCAGAAUAAAGAACUUUAUCAAGAAUGAAGUAGAAUAAAGAACUGGA